AUGAAUUCAACUCCCGAUCUAAUAUCUCCUCAGAAAUCCAAUUCAUCCAACUCUUAUGAAUUGGAAUCCAGUGGUUCAAAAACCAUGAACACCCCAGAAGGUAAAAAUGAAAAUUUUCACGACAAUUUAAGCGAAAGUCAAGUACAACCUGCCGUUCCCUCUCCAAACACUGGUAAAGGUGCUUAUGUUAUGGUUUCUAUAUGUUGUGUUAUGGUUGCUUUUGGUGGCUUCAUUUUCGGUUGGGAUACUGGUACCAUUUCUGGUUUUGUCGCUCAAAUCGAUUUUUUAAGAAGAUUUGGUAUGAAGCACCACGAUGGUACUCAUUACUUAUCUAAAGUGAGAACCGGUUUAAUUGUCUCUAUUUUCAACAUUGGUUGUGCAAUUGGUGGUAUUAUUCUAGCCAAAUUAGGUGAUAUGUAUGGUCGUAGAAUCGGUUUGAUUGUCGUUGUCGUAAUCUAUACCAUCGGUAUUAUUAUUCAAAUUGCAUCUAUCAACAAGUGGUAUCAAUAUUUCAUUGGUAGAAUUAUCUCAGGGUUAGGUGUUGGUGGUAUUACAGUUUUAUCACCCAUGCUGAUUUCUGAAGUUGCUCCAAGUGAAAUGAGAGGUACCUUAGUCUCAUGUUACCAAGUCAUGAUUACCUUGGGUAUUUUCUUGGGUUACUGUACUAAUUUUGGUACCAAGAAUUAUUCGAACUCUGUUCAAUGGAGAGUUCCAUUGGGUUUGUGUUUCGCAUGGGCCAUAUUCAUGGUAGCUGGUAUGAUGUUUGUUCCUGAAUCUCCACGUUAUUUGGUUGAAGUUGGUAAAAUUGACGAAGCUAGAGCUUCUUUAGCAAAAGUCAACAAAUGCCCACCUGACCAUCCAUUCAUUCAACAUGAGUUAGAAACUAUUGAAGCCAGUGUUGAAGAAAUGAGAUCUGCUGGUACUGCCUCUUGGGGCGAAUUGUUUACUGGUAAACCAGCCAUGUUUCAACGUACAAUGAUGGGUAUCAUGAUCCAAUCUCUGCAACAAUUAACUGGUGAUAAUUACUUUUUCUACUACGGUACUAUUGUUUUUCAGGCUGUAGGUUUGGAAGAUUCUUUUGAAACUUCUAUUGUUUUUGGUGUCGUUAAUUUCUUCUCUACCUGUUGUUCCUUAUAUACUGUCGACCGUUUUGGUCGUCGUAAUUGUCUGAUGUGGGGCGCUGUUGGUAUGAUAUGCUGCUACGUUGUCUACGCUUCCGUUGGUGUCACCAGGUUGUGGCCUAACGGUCAAGAGAAUGGUUCAUCUAAGGGUGCUGGUAACUGUAUGAUUUGCUUCGCCUGUUUCUACAUCUUCUGUUUCGCUACUACCUGGGCUCCAAUUGCUUACGUCGUUAUUUCAGAAUGUUUCCCAUUAAGAGUUAAAUCUAAGUGUAUGUCUAUUGCUAGUGCUGCUAAUUGGAUUUGGGGUUUCUUAAUUAGUUUUUUUACUCCGUUUAUUACUGGCGCCAUCAACUUCUACUACGGCUACGUUUUCAUGGGUUGUAUGGUCUUCGCUUACUUCUAUGUCUUUUUCUUCGUUCCAGAGACUAAAGGUUUAUCGUUGGAAGAGGUUAACGAUAUGUACGCCGAAGGUGUUCUACCAUGGAAAUCAGCUUCCUGGGUCCCAGUAUCUAAAAGAGGUGCUGACUACAAUGCUGAGGAUCUAAUGCAUGAUGACCAACCAUUUUAUAAGAGCAUGUUUAGCAGGAAAUAA